AUGUUCAAGUUCGAAUUCGACCUCGACGAUCUGACAGAUGAAACCAAUCAGCAACCAAAAGAAACCCAACCUUCUCAAGCAGAGGAUAUCCAAACUAUCAAAGAUGACCGAGCACAAGAUCCAUGUGUCGUGAUCCCAUUCAAGGAACUCAUCGACCGACUCCCGCCAUUCAUAAGCUAUUCGAAUCUGAAGAUCAACGACUCAUUAUCGAUAUACAAGCGAGAGUUAUACGAUGCAAAGUAUCAAACGAUAGUCAACCUUGCCGAAGAAGAGGAAGAGAGGGAAGAAGAGGAGCAAGAUCGAGAAGAACAAGAAGGAGGCGAAGAAGAAGGCAAGAAGAAUGGCGAGGAGGAGAAGACGAGACAGAAGACCUUAGAGUCACUACAAUCGAGCUCUGAUCUGAUCCCAGGCGUAUACGAAGGCGGCUUCAAAACUUGGGAAUGUAGCUUGGAUCUGGCCACCCAUCUCGACCCGAUUGUCGAACGAUUGAAGACCCUUUUUUCAAAACAAGAAGAAGAAGAUCAUCCAGACCGAAAAAAUACCCCCGACGAGAACAGGAACCAAUCCGAAGAUAUCUUGCCCUAUAGAAUCUUGGAGAUCGGGUGUGGGACCGCCGUGCCGACCGUAUCCCUCUGCUUCAAAUUGUUUGCGUUCCUGUUGGCUCGCAAUCGAGCUCCUCAACUCCAGUCAUCAUUCGACCGCCAGCAUGACCUCGAGUCUCCUAUCCUCGAAAUCCUCUUGCAGGACUUCAAUGCAGAUGCGUUUUAUCGAGCGAGCAUGAUGACCUCCAAGUUGGAGCAAGCGGAUGUGGCUGAAGAAAGAGAAGAGAACGGGAACUGGACCAAAGAAAGGAUGGACAGUUCAGAGGAAACUGAAGAAGAUUUAGAGAUCACAGACGAAUUGAAGACGGACUUUGAGUUAUUUCUGCGCGAGAAUCGGAUCCGCUUGACGUUGAUCUAUGGGCCAUGGUCGACGUUUGAGCUUCCGGGAGCACUAUCGUCCAACCUGACUUUGAGUGUCCCGGGAAAGAGUGGAAAGCAAAGAAGAAAAGGAUGCGAAGUGAUCAUGAGUUCAGAGACUUUGUACUCGACCGCCUCCUUGCCGGACCUGAUCAACGUCUUACUAUCAUCCAAGAUCAACAACAUCGUCCACCAGACCGACGAUGAUCCACAGAGGCUAGAAGAAGGAACAGAGAGCCACUCUACGACGAUCCUCAUCGCCUCCAAAUCCGUCUAUUUCGGCGUCGGCGGCGGCACCCAUUCGUUCGUUGACUUGGUCGAGAAUACCCACAAAGGAGCCGUCGAAUUCGUCGACCUCGAUCAUCAUUCUGGUCCCACUUCUAGCGGGAUCUCUAGAGUCCUCAUGGAUGUCAAAUUCCCCUCUUGA